GGGUGCAAACGAAGCUGGCAUCCAUGCUCAAUAGGCUUGAGCUGGAGAUCCAGUCCGUGGAGCAGCGGAUCGGCGACAAAAUGCACGUCUUGGACAGAGACUCCGAUGGAAUGGUGUCUGCGGAAGAGAUUGCACAUGUGGUGCAACACGUACUAGCAACGAAAAGCACGGCAACGGAGGCCAAGGCGAUCGCCGAAGACAUGGACACUGACUCCGACGGGCAGAUUAGCGUGGCAGAGCUGAUCGCGUGGGUGAAGAAGAACUCGGAACAGGACGCGGAGCAUGUAUUCGACGAGAUCUAUCAGAGAGAUACGAAGGAGACAUCAACAAAACCACCGGCCGCCAAAGAGUAGGAGGCUCGGUUUGGGAUCGA